CAAAGAUUAGUCAUCAGCUGUAUAAUUUCUUGAAGAAUUCUAAAUAUUUACUAAAAAACAAUUUAUUUAAAUUCAUUUCGAACAAUUGUAUUUUCACUAUAUUAAAAUAAAAAGACAACAUGAAUCGUCUAUUUGGCAAAGGUAAGCCCAAAGAGCCAGCACCAAAUCUGAACGACUGCAUCGCCGGGGUUGAUACUCGAGCGAAUGCUAUCGAGGAGAAGGUUACAAAGCUGGACAAUGAAUUGCGUAAAUAUCGUGAGCAAAUGUCGAAAAUGCGCGAAGGUCCGGCUAAAAACUCCGUAAAGCAACGAGCUAUGCGUGUGCUGAAACAGAAAAAGGCUUAUGAACAGCAAGUUGAGGCACUGCGUAAUCAAUCAUUUAAUAUGGAACAGGCUAAUUAUGCUGCACAAUCGCUAAAAGACACACAAGCAACUGUGGCCGCAAUGAAGGAUGGUGUUAAACAAAUGCAAAAGGAGUUCAAGAAAGUCAAUAUUGAUCAAAUCGAGGAUAUCCAAGACGAUAUGGCCGAUAUGCUAGAACAAGCGGAUGAGGUGCAAGAAGCUUUGGGACGUACUUAUGGCAUGCCAGAGGUUGACGAUGAUGAACUACAAGCUGAGUUGGAUGCACUAGGUGAUGAAAUCGCACUCGAUGACGAUACCAGCUAUUUGGAUGACAUGGUGAAAGCGCCAUCAGCACCUGAUAAGGAACCGGGUGCCGACAGCAUUAUACCCGGCAGUAAAAGUGGAAUUGAAACUGAUGAGUUUGGCUUGCCUAAAGUUCCCACUUCGGUUAAAACAUCUUAAAUACUUUUUAGUCCGUGUAAUUGCGAGAAUAUAUGUAAAUGCUCUAAGAAUUUAGUUUGGAUUUGUUCUUAUGUAACUGCUUUCUUGUAAACAUUUUUUUUUAUUAUCUGUAAGCUUCAUCAAUAAAACCAAUGUUAUUAAU